CGCUCACAGCCUCCCUGCCCCCUCAGAAUCCCCUGUGCACCCCACAGGCUAGUGUCCCCCGUACAUUCCCAGAGCCCCCCCUUCAUGUGACCCACCUGAGCCAGAGCCCCUCCUAUGGUCCUCCUGCUCCAGAGCCCCCCUCCAUGCCACCCCCUCCCAGGCUAGAGUGUCCCCUUCCAUGUAGCCCUCAGGGCACAGCCAGCCCCCCCUCCCCCACUGUGUAUCCUCCCCACCCCUUGGGGGGCAGAGUUGCCCCUCAUGUGACUCCUGCUCAGUUCCAAUGUUCCCCACCCACAGCAUCCUCUGGUGCACCCUCUCCCUGGGGGACAGGGCAAUCCUACCCCCAGUAUCUUCCUUCCUCGGGGCCAGUUACCAUCUCCCAAGUAUUUCCUCUCCCCAAAGCCAGAAGUUGCCCCCCUCCCCACCAGCACAGCGCAUCUGUCUGUCCUUCCUGGAAGAUGACUCCUGCCUUCCAGCUCCUGGUUCUCCACUCCCGGUGUAAGAAAUCAGUCCAGGCCCCCAGCUGUGUUACAUGCUUCGGGUGCGAGCUGUGGUGAUGACCCGAGACGACUCGAGCGGGGGAUGGGUGCCCAUGGGCGGGGGCGGCCUGAGCCACGUCAUGAUCGGCAAGGUGCGGCGCCCAGAGGAGGGCGGGCGGCGGCGCCAGUACCUGAUCUGCGGGGAGCGCCUGCGCGACCAGACCACCAUCCUGGAGUGCGUGCUGAAGAAGGACCUCGUCUACAACAAGGUGAACCCCAUCUUCCACCACUGGAAAGUCGGCGACAGCAAGUUCGGCCUGACCUUCCAGAGCCCCGCCGACGCCGCAGCCUUCGAGCGGAGCGUGCAGGCCGCCCUGGAGGAGCUCGCCGAAGGUUCUCUCUCCUCCUCCUCCUCCUCCUCCUCGUCUCAGGAUGACGCUGAUGGGACAGAUGACGCAGGGUUGAUGCACACGGACAGCGAAUCUUCCUCGAACAGCCGGAAGGAAAUGCUCCCCAAACACAUCACCAUCGUGACCAGCGAGUCCUCCUCCAGCUGCUACAUCCGCUCACCUGCCUCUGAGGAGUUUGCCUUCAGCACGGCCCAGGGGUCGACGCCGACCAGCCAGGGCGGGCAGGUGCAGACCCAGCCCCUGCAGCACCUGACCCUGCACGACGAGGAGGAGCUAGAGAGCAUCAACCCAUGCAAGGACCUGUGGGUGAGCAAGGGCUAUGAGGACUACAGGCGGGCGGCAGUGCAGAAGCAGGAAGCCGACCCCGACAAGGUCGGCAUGUGCGUGCACUUCGAGAAGGGCAGCAAGGAGCGCCGCUUCCCUGCAGCAGGGGGGGGCGGCGAGGGCCGCCUCAGAGACCCCAAGGGCUCCCCGUCCUGCCGGAUCCACGCCGCCCCUUCGCCCCCCAAGCAGAAGCACGCCAAGGAGCCAGGGGCCGGCGGCGGGGCGGGCUCGGAGGAAGACACCGUGCCCUCCCGCUGCGUCUAUUGCCGGGACGUCUUCAACCACGAGGAGAACGGGCGGGGCCAGUGCCAGGACGCGCCGGACCCCGUCGGACGCUGCGUCUACCAGCUCACCUGCAUGUGGUGCGCCGAGAGCAUGCUGUACCACUGUAUGUCGGACUCGGAGGGCGAGUACUCGGACCCUUGCUCCUGCGACCUGGGGCACCCGCACUUCUGCAUCCGCUGGAUGGCGUUGGUGGCCCUCUCCCUCGUCGUGCCCUGCAUGUGCUGUUACCUGCCCCUCCGCGCCUGCCACUGGUGUGGGGAGCACUGCGGCUGCUGCGGUGGGAAACACAAGGCUGUGCGGUGAAGCCGGCUGGGGCGCGGCGCUCUUCUUGGCUUGGCUGGGGGGGAGAGAGGCGAAGAGACGGAGGCAGUCUUAAACGGCGGCGGGGGGGCUGAUUCCCCCUUCUCUUGCACGCCCCACCCCCCGUGUCCCGUGUUUGGAGGGGGAGGGGCUAGGCGGUUUUAUUCCGAGUGUCAGGCGUGGCCGGUGAGUUUCAUUUUUUUUUUCCUUUAAAAUUUCAACAUUUUGGGUCCGUUUUUAUAAAAAAAAUAAAAAAAAAAGAAAUUAAAAAAAAAAAAAGAAAAAGCAAUGAAAGAAAGAGAAAACAAACAAACAACAGUCUCAGGAGAGAUGGGUAGAUGGUCAUGGGGGGGGCAGUUUUACCCCCUCCCUUCCUCCUAGCUAUCGGCGGGAGGGAACAAAUAAAAUUUAACCCCUCCUUCACCCAAUCCAGCUGUGUCCGCACACCUGUUUGUGUGUGUGUAGGGGUGGGGUGACCAGUAGACUAUGUUACCCCCUCCUUCCUUUACCCAGCCUGGCUGGGUCCACAGGGAUUUCUUUUCAAUUUUAAAAAAGGGUUACAAAGAACAACAGAAGGAAAGAAAAUAUCCUAAAUGGAUAUUCACUGGAUUUUUAGUUUGUACUCAGGAGGGAGUCCAGGGAACAAGAGAAACUAAUUUGUGCUGAAAAAUGCCCCUAUAUAAAAAACAAAACGAAAAAACCUUCCCUGCAGCUUUAUAACCGCACAAUGCUGGGGCAUCCUUUUCACAAGGACGACAGGCAGACAGGGUUCGAUUUACAGGGUACACAAACUGCAGCACCCCUCCAAGUUCUGUCCCCCACCCUCCCCGCCCCAAUACAGUUCCCGUGGUUUUUUUCUGGGUCCCAGGCUGGAACAAUGGGGCUCCCCUUGAAGUGUUCGCUGGGCUACAAUUUCCAGGGAAGUUAGGGAAGGGUUUUCUGCAGCUCCCCUUGUGACACCCCCUUCCCCAUUGAUGUCUGGCAUCUACCUCUGUUUUACCCCAGUCACCACAGAGCAGAGAGCUUGUACAAUUCAGUCUCGUUCCCCAUGCUGUUCCCCUCUCUCCCAGCAGGACUGUGAGGCCAGCCUGGCCCUUGGGGGCAAUGGAUCGGGGAGGUCUCUGGACUCCAUGGGAAUCUCCUCCCCCGCCGAAUGGGCAAAGGUGGGUUGGGUUUUGAGCCAGCCUGAUACCACACAGAGGGAAAUCGGCGCUGCGGGGUUGCCAGGCAGAAUCUCUUGGGCAAAGCACCAGUUGCAUCCAUUCCCAGCAGGGCGGAGUUUACCUAGAUCGUAGGUUCUUAAGCCCAGGGUCGUGCCCGGCCUCCCUGUCAUUGGAGCAGGACGGGAAGGGGAGUUGGAUCCCGAAACUGUUAUUUUGGAGCUGUUGGAACCUGGGGUCAUGGUGCUGAAAAAGCUCAAGCUGCUGGCCCAGGUCCAAAGCAAAUGGGAGCCGUGCGGCCCCUGCUCGCUCUCUGUGUUAAACCCAGUUGGGAGGACUUUGAAAAGAAGAGCUGGAUUCCGAAGGAAUUUGGGGUCGAAGGAGUAUUGGACUUGGGAAUCAGGACUCCUGGGUUCUCUUCCCAAAUCGGGGAGAGGGUAGGAUCUAGUGUGUUAGAGCAGGGGGGCUGGAAACCAGGUCUCCUGAGUUCUGUUCCCAAUUCUGGUAGUGUGGGGGUGGGAUGAUCUAGUGGAUUAGAUCCAUGGGACUGGGAGUCUGGACUCCUGGAUUCUCUUCUCUGUGUUGGGUGGGGAGUGGGGUCUAGUGGUUAGAGCAAAGGAUUGGGAGUCAAAACUCCCGGGUUCUGUUCCCAGCUCUGCAACUGUCUUGCUGUAUAACCUUGGGCAAGUCACUUAAUCCCGAUGUCCCUCUAGUCUCAUACCAUUCCUCCACCUCCUGCUUGCACUGCCUAGCAGUGAAGUAUUACCAAGCCUCCCUGAGGGACAGGACGGGAGCCCUCUUGCGACAUUUAAGACUAGACCGUGCAAAGCCACAGGAUGUGGUACUCAGGGGCUGACCCUCCCUGGGACCCAGUGAGUGUGGAAUAGAGGGACUGAUCUCUCCAAAUCCAGUGGGGGUGAAGCAGAGCUGCCUGAAAGCACUUUGAUCUCUGUCCCUGGGCCCCACAAUCAGUGGGCGGGGAGGGGAAAGCAAAGAAAAUCCAGGACCAAAAACCAGUGGGACCCUCGGAGUUUUACCCCAGCUGAGUCAUUACCCCCCAUCCUGCCCCACGCUGGCUGUUUGGGGGCCCCUGUGUGACGUGAGUUUGAUGGAGCUCAGCUCACUUCCCACUGGGACGAGGCAUCAGCCUUCCCACUGGGCACAACAGGUCCCCCCUGCCACCCCUUGCUGCCAGAUGUGAAACAAAGCCAGGGACCUCUGGCCAAGGGAAGCUCCUGGUCAGGUUUUUUUUUUAAAGCAGCUGCAUCCAGCUGACUCUGGGGUUGUGGGAGGGGCAAGCCCCACCUCUUAUUUAUUUACUUCUCUCUUCUUCCCCUAAGUCGGGACAACUGAUUUUUGUGGGGGUGGGGGGUGUCCCUGCAGCGCUCAGUGGGGCAAAAAACCAGAGUGAUGCCGGGGCAGGUUGGGACCCUCCGCAUCUGCUAGAGCAGAUUCUCCUCUCGCUUAAAUCGGGAGUCACACUAGUUCAAAUCAGUGGAGUUACAGUGGUGUAAGUCAGGAUUAUCUGGAUCAAUAGCAUUGCACUAGUGUAAACCAGGAGUGACUCCAUGUAGAUCAGUGGCAGUACGGUGGUAUAAACGAGGGAUAACUCUGGAUCAGUGGUGUCUGCUGGUGUAAAUCAGGAGUAACUUGGUUUAGAUGAAUGGAGUUACUCUGGUUUAGAUCAUUGUGGUAUCAUGGGUGUAAACCAGUUGUAAUUCUGUUUGGAUCAAUAGCAUUACACUGGUGUAAAUCAGGAGUAUCUUGGGUUAGAUCAGUGGUGUCACACUGGUUUAGAACAUUGAGGUUACAUCAGUGUAAAUCAGGAGUAACUUGAUUGGAAUCAGUGGUGUUACAUUGGAGUAAAUCAGGAGAAACUGGAUCAAUGGUGUAAUUGCAAAGAGGGUGGGGUUUAUGGGGCUAGAGUACGAUCUCUUUACACUGGUGUAAAUCUGGAGUAACCACAGAAAGCAUAUUGAGGCUGGGCUAUUUCUAAGGGAAUGGGGUGCCUGACCCAAUGGGAGCCUGGCACCUAAAUCGCUUCUGCUCCUUUGGAGAUUCCCAACCUGAAAACCAAUACGUGAACCUAGUUAUUUUACCUGCUGCACAGUUAGCCUGGGGAACUCAAUGCCACAAGUUCUCCUCUGAGGCCAAAAGUUUAACAUCCUUCAGAAAAAGGACUGGAUGUUUAUACAGAUAACUAAACCCAGAAUUAGAAUAUUAAAUAUCUUUAAAAUAACCAAGAGUUUUGGCAGGGCUAUAAACCCUCAUGCUAUUGGGCAUGACCCAACCUCUGAUUAUCAGGGGUCAGGAGGGAACUGACCCUAUGGGCCAGCUAUGCCAUAAUUACCCAGUAGGGGGCACCUCUUUCUGAACCAGCUAUUUAUUGGCCUCUACUGGAGACAAGAGAAUGAACUAGAAAGACACUUGGUUUGAUCUCACUGUCCAUGUGAACCUAAUAGAGUGACCCUAGUUUUACCCCAAUGUAAACAAGAUUAGGGCUUGGCCUGGCCAGAUUUGAGUGUGUUCAGUAGUACACUGGGUCCCAUUCCCAUUUCUCCAUCCUUGUUCUUUUUUUCAAAAUCUUCCCA